GUCUGUCUGUCUGUCCACGUACACCUCUCCAGGCAUGACGCUGCUGCUGGCUUUCGACGCCACUGAAGCUGGCAUGUGGACAUAAAUGGAGAUUAGCUGUGGCUUUCUGUAUGGACUGCUGGGAGCCCGGCUUGACCGGUCGGUGUUCGGGGAAGCUCUGAAGUGAAAGCAGUCGCUGGACUGCCUGAAAGAUUGCUACGGGCCUCCAGCCUGGUCUGGAAGGGCAGUCACAGGAACAACUGGAUGACUCAAAUAGGAGUGCUUGUUUCUCCCGCACUCGGUGCUGAGCUCCUUCCAGAGUUAGAUUGGUCGCAAGUGCACUCAGUCCUUCCUGUCGCCUUCCCCCAGCCUUCUCCUCUACCCCUCAUGUCACCUGUCCCCCUCUGAGUGCAUGUCCUGAGGGCCGAGCCCCCCGCUUUCAUAAAGAUAGCAGAUUUACCCUGUGACUUGACUAGUGCCAUCUGAAAUGGCCCUGCUUCCAGAUAAGGUUAGUCUGUGGCACCGGGGACUGCGAUUUUGACAUACAUUUGGGUGGAACUGCAGCCCUUCAUCAGGGCCUGGGGCCCACAUCAUAGCUUGGCCCUGGUACAUUAGCCCAUCCUCGACGUUUGAUGGGAUCAUCAUGGACCCAACAGUCUCAGGGAGCGAUCCAUCGCCAGGGUGAGGACCAGCCUCUGUCUUGUGUUGUGCCCCGUAUGAGGCAGCAGUCUCAGUAGCUAUGUCUGCAGGACUGUGCUGAGUCUCCUCUGAACUCCAGGGCAGUUCUAGGAGGGAAGGUACUUCCUGCUCAGAGCCAGGAAGCAUGUAUGCAUUAAACUCUGAGGGCCCUCAGAGUUAUUUGCACCCCUCAGGCAUAUUCAGAGCACAUGGCUGCCUGAACCCCCACUUUCCAAUGUGCCUGUAGCCCAAGCAGACAGGAAGCUACCAGGAUUCCAGGCUCCUUCUGGACCCCAGGGCUCUCUCUUCCUUUAUCAGAGACCACCAUCAUCACCCAUCACAGCUGCCCUGGCCCUCGGCAUCUCUCCUGCCCUGACUGAUAUUCUCAGCCUGUUUUCACUGCUUAUGUUGUCUCCACUUCUUGUUCCCAUGUCUCCAUUCUCUUCCGUGAUUGCUGGUGUGAUGUGAGGGGAGGUGGAUGGAUGGGGCCCUGUCUUUCUUCAGCUCCCACCUUCCCCAGUCAGGUGGACAGGAAGUGGUGGCUGAACUUGGGCCUCACUUCCUCCUACAACAGGGGUUCUUGGGUAUGGCCAGACCUGGCAGUUCCACCUGUGUUCUGUGUGAAACCAGUGUUCAGGGCUGGGACCUAGUUUGCCAGGUCACUCUGAUAUGGGUGCCAGGGUGAACACCAUCGCUCUUGACCUUCUGUCCCUGUUAUUCUGCUCGAGGGCAGAAUUGUGUGCUGACAGUGCCUGUGAGGCCUGCACACAGCUGCCCACGUAGCACCAGAGUUCCCUAGAUCACCCACAGUUUGCUGACUUGUUUCUCACAGGAGCUAAGGUGAGAAAUGGCCAUUCAAACAGAGAUUAUAGAAGUUUGGCUGUGACAUGUUGUUAUACAGGAAGCGUUCCCUUGGUCCCUAUUUCUGUCCCUUAAGGACACUAUUUCUCCAAUAUUAGCCUCUGUAUCCCAGGGUCCUGGCAAACCAGCAGCCACCAUUUCCUAUCAGCAGAUGGGAGCAGUGUUGGCCGAAAGGGCAGCCUUCCCAAACACUCGGGCAUCGCCGCACAUCAAGGGCUGCUCAUCGUCUGUUAUUGUUUGAUUCCCCAUCAGAGUCAGCAAGUUUGUGAAGCCAACAACCCAAGGCUUCUGUACAGGUCACACCAGUUCCCCUGUGAUAUCCUGAAACCCAUGUUGUGUCUUGGGCAGCAGAAGCCAUGAAAGUGAAAAGGAUGGAGUCCAACAUAUUAGAGGAAAUACAUCCGGAAGCAGCUAGUUUCUGCCUGCCCCUGUGAGAGCUCUACCUGUCAUGCUGUUCCAGGCAGUCCCCACCGCACCAUCCAGCGAAGGAGCAAACAAUGAGAGUAGGAAAGCCUUCCGACAAGGAGAUGUUCAGCCAUUCAGCGACCAGCCUGACCACAGAUGCACUGGCCAGCAGCGAACAGAAUGGGGUGCUCACCAACGGCGACAUUCUUUCAGAAGACAGCACAAUGACCUGCAUGCAGCAUUAUGAGGAAGUCCAGACCUCAGCUUCAGAUCUGCUGGACUCCCAGGACAGCACGGGAAAGGCCAAGUGCCACCAGAGCCGGGAACUGCCCAGAAUCCCGCCUGAGAACGCAGUGGACGCGAUGCUCACCGCCAGGGCUGCAGAUGGGGACUCCGGGCCCGGCGUGGAGGGGCCCUACGAGGUGCUCAAGGAUAGUUCCUCCCAGGAGAACAUGGUGGAGGACUGCUUGUAUGAGACAGUGAAGGAAAUCAAGGAGGUGGCAGACAAAAGCCAGGGCGGCAAGUCCAAGUCCACUUCUGCCCUGAAGGAGCUUCAGGGGGCCCACGCCGAGGGCAAGGCCGACUUUGCUGAAUACGCCUCUGUGGACAGAAACAAAAAGUGCCGCCACAGCACAAAUGCAGAGAGCAUUCUGGGAACGUCCAGUGACCUGGAUGAGGAAACCCCACCGCCUGUCCCAGUUAAACUUCUGGAUGAGAAUGCCAACCUUCCAGAGAAGGGAGAGCACGGGGCAGAAGAGCAAGCUCCAGAAGCACCCAGUGGACACAGCAAGAGAUUUAGUUCCUUGUCAUACAAGUCUCGAGAAGAAGACCCAACUCUUACAGAAGAGGAGAUCUCAGCAAUGUAUUCUUCAGUGAAUAAGCCUGGACAAUCGGCACACAAACCUGGGCCGGAAUCUACCUGCCAGUGCCCGCAGGGUCCCCCUCAGAGGUCAUCAUCUUCCUGUAACGACCUCUAUGCCACUGUGAAAGACUUCGAGAAAACUCCCAACAGCAUCAGCAUGCUGCCACCAGCAAGGAGGCCCGGUGAGGAACCAGAGCCUGACUAUGAAGCCAUACAGACUCUAAACAGAGAGGACGACAAGGUCCCUCUGGGGACCAAUGGCCACCUUGUCCCCAAGGAGAAUGACUAUGAGAGCAUUGGGGACUUGCAGCAAGGCAGGGAUGUCACCAGGCUCUAGCAACGGAAAGAGGCUGUGAUGGACAGCUCUCAUGCUACUCUGGUUAACUGAAGUCAAGUGCGGGCUCACAACUGUUUCCCGCUUUCUGAAACAGUAAGGUACGGACCUGCCUUCCAGGGCAGGCAACCUCCGUGCUCCCAAGAAACCCUUGGUACCCCGACCUGCACACUCCACAGAAGAAGCCUGGCUGUGGCUGCAGGAGGUGGAGGUGGAGCCCCGCCCACCCAUGCUGAAAUCCCAGCUGCCUGGAAUUCUGUGGCUGUGGAGGACCCCUGUUUUCUUCCUCUCCUUCCCUCCGCUACUUGUGCUAAAACACUGGAAACCUCCCAUGUGUGCUUCAUCCCAAGGACGGUCUCCCACUGGCCUGCACUGGCCUUCAGCUAAAUGUCAGCUUGCAGAGAAACUGCUUCCCACUAACCCGCCCUCCUCCCAGACCUGCCCUGUUGGCCCCUGGGCGUCUGGAUGCUCAGGCUGUGAGGUGUGGGGUGGGCUGUCCCUGGGGUCUCGGGGUCUUUGCUCCUCAUUUGGACUCUGCGUCUGCAGUCUUCACACGGUACAUGAGGUCAGUUUAGAUGCAUUUUAACGUUUUAUGUUUAGAACCUUCCCCAACAGUGUUUGGAUUUUCCGUAAGUACUGUGGUACUUCUGCUGUUAUUUAAAGCCAGCGCUCUCUCCCUUCCAAACAGAGCCUUAAUGUUUAUGUGUGGAUGGCAGCCAUGGUGUCUAUCCCCAAAGGGCUGCAGACAUAAAUUUGUGUUUCCAGUGAUCUUUGCUGCCCACACGUGUGACUUUCCUGUAAUCUGAUGGUAAUCUGAGUAAAAUGUAAACAUUUAUUUUAUUAUAUAAAUUUAUAAGAUGUUUUAUGUUUAAUGCCUAAUUUCUAGAAGUGCCAGAAGAUAUAUAUAUAUAUUAACUAUUUGGAUUUUAUGUACAAUGAUUUAUACUCUCAUUUUUUGAAAAGAUACCACAAAGCACAUAAGCUAGAUAAUUAUGAGCAGUUUUUAUUCUUUUCUCUAACAAGUAAUUUAACAUUGAAGAUUUGUUAAGACUCAGCUUCUCAGACAGCACUGGUGGCAAAAUGCGGUGGACAUAAAUAGCUAUGUCACUGCUGAAGUACUCAGUGUUAAAAAUAGAACAGACUCUGACUUGGGAAUUUCUAACUUCCUGAAAGUAUCGGACUUUCACUGAAGUCUAGCGACACCCUAAGCACGCCAGCAGCGGUGUGCACUGUGCAGUAUCUGCUGAUGCAAAUUGCCCGGAUUUUCAUCGCCUCACAACAAUCAGUGGCUAAAGCAGCUCAGAUACAAAGUUCAAUCAUCUCUCUGGAUCUUCCGAGGCCGGCAUUGGAAAUCGUGUUCACUUUUCAUUUUAAAAGGAGCCUAGCUGACGUGCAGGCUACAGAUGAAGGGAGAGGACACCAUGUCCUACUGCUGUGUGACAUCUUAUUCUAGUGACUUAUUAAUCAUGCUGGCUUCCCUCCCUGUGACAAGGAGCAUGCCUGGGAGGGUGAAGUGACCAGCUGUGGCCUGUGUUUCCAUCCUGGUUGUGGAUCACACCCGUGGAGCUGCAAACUCUCUUAGAUGUUGUUGACAUCAGCCUAGUCAUCCAUGAAGAUGUCACAUGGGUAGGCCUAGCCUCUGCUGGUCACGCACUAACGGGGCUACCCUGGGAGCCCAGGAGCAGUAAAGAGCAAGACUUGUUGUAACCACUGAUUUCCACUGCUGUGAAUUAGUGCGUUUGGCCCAAACAUCUCUCAGGCUACGAGGGUCCCUUCAUCACGUGGUACUACCCAUGUCACGGGGCCAUGUGCUUGUACCAUGCAAAUUCUUACAGGCACCUUACAGCUCAGGAGCUCGGUUAUGUUUUAGUCCCUGCAGGGAAGCCGGUGUGAUCUCUAAAGUAUAAAACUCUUUAGAGAUAGGUUCAUUAUAAAUAAUCAUGUCUUGAAAUCCUGUUGUCCGAAUGUCCCCAGAGUUUCCAAACAUGAAAUGCAACAUAGUCAUGAAAUGCAUCUGGCAGUGUUCUGUACAAGGAACCAGAAGGCCCUCCCUCCAACACCAAUUCUGAAAGGACAAGCACUAGCUGGUUGGGACUGGAAGAUGUGAGGGACACAGCUCUGCUCAGCUGAGCCUCAGCACGGGGCUACCCUGGAUCUCCUGCUGUGCCAUCGUCUUUGACUUGAUUGUUCAGGCUUUUGGUUUGCUGUGAGCUUGUAUUCUUUUACUUGGCUCGAAAUCCAUAUUCCGUGUUCCUGUCUCUGAGCUGGAUGGAGCCUGUAGUUUAGUUUAAAGUCUAAAUGUUACAGAGUUUAAAUGUGCAAAAAAUCAUCAUCAAAAGGAGGCUGGACUUACACCUAAACGUCACCACUGCGUCUACUGCAGGCUGGACUUACACACAAACAUCAGCCCUGUGUCUACUGCAGGGUGGACUUACACCUAAACAUCACCACUGUGUCCACUGCAGGCUGGACUUACACCUAAACAUCACCACUGUGUCCACUGCAGGCUGGACUUACACACAAACAUCACCACUGCAUCUACAGCAUGCAUUCAAUUAUCCUGCUUACAUAAACUUAUCCACAAAGAUAGAAAUAAAUUAUAAGAUUAUUUUCCUAUCUAGAUUAAAAGUAGCUAUUUCUUUUUGUUUAAAUACUUCUAAAAGCUUGAAAGCACUUUACACUGCUUCACAUACUCCCCAAAAGGGAAAUCAGGAAAAAACCAUAGACUAUCUUAUGUGGAACCUUUCCGAAAUUCUAAAAGAAAGUUGUUUUUAUAACUAUGUUGGCUGCAUAUUUUUGACUUGUCCUUAUCUAAAUCACUCACUAAGUCUGCAAAACUUCUAAAUAAUACUGAUAUUCUUUGUGAGAAAACAAAAAGUGUCCUACAGUAAAUUCAACAGAAUGGAAUUCUCCCACAGUAAGUUCUAACUGAAUGGAAAAUAGCAGUAGGCACCCAACACAGAGAACUAACAGUUCACCCAGACGCCUGGUGCUUCUCUUCCUUGAUUCUCCCCUGUAGAGUUAGAGCAAGCCGGGCCCUCACCAGGGAUGAGCUGUGUGUACGCACAUGUGUGUAUGGGUGUGCAUAUGUGCGUGUGAAGUGUUGCUGGCCCUGGCACUAACUAGACUGUGUUCUAUUGCAUAUUUGGAAAGUUUAUCCUACUAGCAUGAUGAACUCGUGUCAUAAGAGCAGAAGUAAAAGGAACCAUUCUCCAGUUGUUUUAUUUGGUAAUUAUGAGACGCCUUCUUGAGCUGGCUUCAUUUAGUUUUCCUAAUGAAUACAUUCAGACUUCAAAUUGUGUUCAUAAUUCUCCCAUUGAAAGACAGUGCUGUCUGGAGGCGGCUUUGUCACACUGUGACUCAAUGCGCAUUCAGCCGAGAGGAUUGUAAACAGGUGUUCACUCGGUGUGUGAAAGGAAGAGAUUCGCCCUAAAGCAACAGAAGAGAAACCUUGAGCCGGCUGGCAGGCAGGCUGGGAGGCAAGGGGGCCUCCCAGGUAUGGGGGGGCAGAUACCACAUGGGAGAACCAUUCCUUGCUAAACCCGAGCAUUCCCAGCAGGCCCAGCAGGUGAUAAAGGAACAAGGAUUACAAGGCCUGUCCUGUGCCGAUGCAGUGGCUGAUGCCAGGCUGAAGCAGGGUUUUGGAAAUGGGAAUAUUGAGGUCGGUGCUCCCUGUGAUGACAGAAGGGAGUCCCCGUGAUCUGGGCGCCAUUCCUCUGACAGUGUUGGUUUCCGGUACCCAGGCAGCUUAGGAGAGAGAUGGCUGUGGGAAUCACAGUCUGCAUGGAGAGCUAUGUCCUGGAAGCUCUAAGAGGUGUAUGACACUGUGCCAAGGGGACACUGAAAGUGUGCUGUUUGCUGUUAGUGACUGGCCGAUGUGAAAAUAGGAGUGUGUGCCCACGGCGAGGAAUGCGGAUCCAUUUAUAGAGGCAUUUGCGUCAUCUUUCCUUGCUGUGGGCACACUUAUGCCACAAGUGCUUCUCUUACAGUACAGAACGCAGAGAAAAAUAGAAUUUUUAUCUAAAAUUUGGAGAUAAAAUGUUAAAAAUUGGAAGAAAAAGGACAUCUGCAUGUUUUUUUUUUUUUUUUUUUUUGGUUCUUUUUUCCGGAGCUGGGGACCGAACCCAGGGCCUUGCGCUUUCUAGGCAAGCGCUCUGCCACUGAGCCAAAUCCCCAACCCCUGCAUGGUUUUUUUAAAUCCUAUGUCUUGCUCAAUUUUUGGGUCUUUUAUUAUUUUUACAUCUUACCUCUAAAUAUUUAUGUUUUGUUGUUCUUCAGGUUCUUUCACUUAACUGAGAGAUGUUUAUUCAGAUUUUCACUCUCAGAUAAAAUUGGCAGCAUAAUUUUCUUUAAAAGGCAGUAUUAAAGAUCAUUCCUUUAAUAUUCAUUUAUCCCAGUACAGACUUUCCCCUUGGAUUGGCAUUGCUAUUCUGUAGGGCUGGCUUGGUUUGGUUUAAGAUAUAGGAACUCGGCAUGGCAGCCCAUGCCUGUUAUCAUGUGACAGGGAGAGUAGGAAAGAAGGAAGGUCUUACAUUCAAGACCAACCUGGGCUACAAGGCCAGGCCCUCUUCUGAGUAAAAUGUUCUGGGUAUCUGUGUUAUAAAGGUUGAUGACUGUCCCUCGUCAGACUGGCACAGGGAAAUCCUGUCACGUUGCCCACCUAUUCAAUAACCCUGUUGCAUUGGCAUGCCUUGUGACUUGUGGGGAUUUCAAGUACAGCCAGAUAAAUACACUUACAAGUGCAGUGUAGUUCUCAUUGCAGCGCUUCCCUUCUAAGAAUGGUUGACUGUAACAAGCCUCUUAGGUUCCCAACCAGUUUGAAGGUACUCCUCUCAUCCUCUCAUUCAAGUAAGGUACAAAGUAACUCAAGACACAGCAGUUACUAAUUAUCUCUGCAGAUAUGUGUAACUGUCUGAGCAUCUCAUUCAUGAAGGAGUAAGGAGCUUUUUGUUAAAUGUGAAAAUGCUUAAACCUUUGUUUUAUAUGUUCAUAAAUAUCCACACUAGCCUCAGAAUUUUAUGGUUCUUCCCCUGACUCUGAUGCCCUUAAGGAGGCUGAAGAACUGGGAUAUAAAGUCAGUUUUUCCGAGUCUGAUGCUCUUAAGGAGGCAGAAGGACUAGGAUGUGAAGUCAGUGUCUCCUUCCCCUCAUAGAUGGCCUACCGUUCCUUUGUCCAUUUGCCACGGACAUGUCCGCACUGAUGAAUGUCUCCCCAACUAUCACCUCUGUGCCAUAUCUACAGGAUGCCCUGAUUCUCUUCCACUACCGACCACCAGCCCCUGUGGAACCACUGACUUUGAGCUGCAGUGGCCAUCUCCCAUCCCCUGCUUCUCAGGCUCCAAGAGAAGGUCGCACACUGACCUCCAAGCCAAGGCUGGUGACUUUGACCAUUCCUAACGUAUUUCUAUGUGUUUUCCAUGUAAACUCAGUCAAUGAACCUGGCACAAAGUUCAGCCUCUCUGUAAUGUGUGACUGUGGCUGGUGCUCUCACUCUCUCUCAUACUCUUUCUCUCUCGCUUUCUCUCUUGCUCUCUCUCUCUCUCUCACUCUCUCUCUCUCUCUGAAGUUGAUUCCUCCAUGUUACUUCACAGAGACCUGCCAACUAACCAGGGAUGUGAAAGCAUUCACAGUAUUUGUCUAGUAGAGAUGCUGUAUAAAAAAUGCCAAAAAUGAAAAAGAGAAAGAAAGAAAAAGUUAAAGAAAGAUGGAGGAUGGAUGGAUGGAUGGAUGGAUGGAUGUCUAGAGAGUUGAGUCUGGAACUCCAAUGGUUCCAUGUAUUUUUAGUACUUUUUUUAAGUAUCAAAUACACAAUUGACUCUAAAGGAGUUCAAAAAGCAAAAUUUGAACUAUGUGUUGUGAUUAGCUCCUGACUCUCUCUCCAAAAUACACUGUCCCCACUUCCUAAGCUUGUUGUUCUCAACCUUCCCAAUGCUGUGACCCUUUAGUACAGUUGUGGUGACCCCCAACCAUUAAGUGUUUUGUUGCUCCUUCAUAACUGUAAUUUUGAUGCUGUUAUGAAUCAUAAUGUAAAUGUCUGACCUGCAGGAUGGCUGGUGAAGAGCUCCAGAGGGGUCUUGACCCACAGGCUGAGAACCACUGUCUUAACAUGUAAACCGUAAAUGUGUAAAGGAGGACUCUUAACUCAAAGGUUAAACUUUUUAUUUAGAUAUUUUCUUUGUAACUCAAGAAUAAGCCGAGUUUGUGGAAAAUUUAGCAUGGCCACUAAAGCUGUAAUCUGAAAGCCAGGAGAAGAGCCUUUUCAGGAUAUUUUCUCCAAGGACUUUAAACUGUCUCCACUAGGAAGAUCAACUCCUUGAGUAAAAGAAAAGACUCCCAUACCUUUCCAGCAAAGCAUAAAUCUGUCUGCCCUUGUCUGUUCUUGCCUACAGUGUUUCAACAGUUUGUACUGGUGAAGGGGGGAAAAGCACAUUUUAAAUUUUCUUGGAAACGUGAAUUAAUGUGUUAAAUUAAAUUGUCCAGUUUUGUCUAACGAGAAUGAUUCAUUUUGGAGGCGAGCACAGGGCUAUAUGGUCCCUGUUCCACCAUCAACUUUACUGUGUGACCUCAAGCAAAUGAUUGAACUUCUCUGUGCCUCAGUUUCUCCAUAUUACAAGAUGGGGAUAAAGAUUACCAACCACUGCCUACCUCAUAGGGAUGUUUUGGGAACAAGUAAGAUAAUGUAAGGACACAGGCUUUGAUCUCCUUAAACGGUGCUAUAUAAAUUGUGUUGCAUUGUUAAUGAUCCAGUGCAUUGUAUUUAGGAUUAGAUGAUAGCAAUACUUUUUGUCAUGUUUCAGUCGGGGCAUAUUUCUACUCUUCUACGGCCAGAUCACGGUUUUUCAUUUGGUAAUGGUACUUAAGGAACUGACACGGGUGUUUGUUUUCUGUCUCUGAUGCUAAUGUGUCAACUCUGAAUAGUCAUAAAAGGGUGGAGUUUAACUUGUGAUGGCUUCUAGUUCACAUGGAAUGAACCUUCCUCAAGCUGUAUAUUAAAAGUAUAAUUACUUGUAAAUAGCAGGUACAUUGUAAUUAAAGGCACUUAUUAACUUGUCUUUGUUCUUUUUAAAUUGUAAUAAAGGUCAGUUUUAUAUAAAA